CAAUUGCUAGUACGAAAUAAGAAUAAAAUAACUAAAGUGGUGUCAGCAAUGACUUGGUUUAUAGAAACAUUAUAUUAGUAAAAAAGCGAACGAACCAGAAAAGCUAGAGAGAGAUGAACAAAGGAGUGAGAUAAUAUAAACCAAAAAGUGAUAGAGCGAGAGAUCUAAUGGCGAAGAAAGAAGAGAGUGUGAAGCUUCUAGGGUUUUGGAUAAGCCCUUUCAGUCGUAGAGUCGAGAUGGCUCUCAAACUUAAAGGCGUACCAUACGAGUACUUGGAGGAAGACUUACCCAAAAAGAGUACUUUGCUUCUUGAACUAAAUCCUAUUCACAAGAAGGUUCCGGUUCUUGUCCACAAUGAUAAGAUAUUGUCCGAGUCACAUGUGAUCCUCGAAUACAUCGACCAAACAUGGAGUAAUAAUCCAAUUCUACCUCAAGAUCCAUACGAGAAAGCCAUGGCUCGAUUCUGGGCCAAGUUCGUCGAUGAACAGAUCCUACCAGUUGGGUUCAUGUCUCUAGUAAAAGCAGAGAAGGGGAUAGAUGCUGCGAUUGAAGAGAUCCAAGGACUGAUUACGUUUCUUGAGAAGGAAAUUACUGGAAAAGAUUUCUUCGGCGGCAAGAGGAUCGGAUUCUUGGACAUGGUUGCGGGAAGUAUGAUCCCGUUUUGUCUGGCUCGGGCUUGGGAAUGUAUGCGAAUUGAUAUGAUUCCAGAGGAGACGUUUCCAGAAUUAAACAGAUGGAUCAAUAAGUUAAGUGAAGUUGAGAUUGUGAGGGAGUGUAUACCUCCAAAAGCAAAACAUAUUGAGCGAAUGAACAAAAUUAUAGAGAGAGUUAAGUCUUCCUAAAUUAAUGACAACAUCAUAACUCUGUUCUGAGUUAAUUUGUUUCAAAGUAAUGAAGUAACAGAUACUUAACACAUUUCUUUUCGUGCUUAUGUUAAACUAAUAUGGUAUUAGAACAACUAGGAGGAAAGUUCAGUAUUGAUAGGAGAGUCUCAGGCCAAGGGGAGUCGCCGGCAAUAUCAUCCCCCGUGAAAGGAUUCGUGAUGGGUUCGAGCGUCGAAGGAGAAGGAAAAGUGAGCAAGCCGGUGGUCCACGUAGGAGCACAGCACGUGACCUGCAUGGCCGACGCAGCUCUCUUCGUUGCUCUCUCCGCCGCCGACGACCAAAGCUCCCUCACGUGAAAAUAUUACUAUUUAUCUCUUACUCGAAGACCACGUACGUACAUUUUGACUUAACAAAAAGGCCGAUCCGUGAACCAUGAUGAUUUCGGUUUUUCAAUUUUUUUUUCCGAGGAUCAGUUUGAUGUGAAAAUUCGAAAAAGCUGUACAGACAACAAUGGAUCUUUGUGUUGUGUGUAACUUUGUAUCAUANUUUUUUUUUUU